AUGAUUUCCUUCUUAUUUUCAGUCCAUUUGGCUGCUUCUGUUGGGAGCUUCCUCUAUUUUGCCAGUUACUUUCCAUUUAAAUCCAUUGCUCUUAACUAUGGACAGAUAACCCUCACCAACAAGGUGGCUGCCUGUCUCAGCUCAAAUGUUGCAUUAGCAAUUGGAAUUAAUCAUCUGCUCAAGUUGGAAAUGAAAGAAAUUGGUCUUAGGUGGAAUAACCUUUGGACACCAGCCAACCUUGAGGAUAACCUCAUAAUGGGCUAUAUGAUGGGAAUGCUUUUACUUGAUGCUUUCUUGUAUGGCCUUGUGACCUGGUAUGUAGAAACUGUUUUUCCGGGACAGUAUGGCGUGGCCCAACCAUGGCACUUUUUUCUUAUGCGCUCGUACUGGUAUGGCCAACCAAGAAUUGGAAGGAAAGAGGAAGAAAUGAAAAGCUGUGGAAGAACUGAAAACAAGUAUUUUGAAGCUGAGUCAACUAGCUUGGUGGCAGGUAUCCAGAUAGAACAUUUGCACAAGGAAUUUGGUGACAAGGUAGCAGUAAAUGACAUGUCUUUGAAUUUAUAUGAGGGGCAGAUCACUAUUCUUCUAGGAAAAAAUGGGGCAGGAAAAACCACAACAUUGUCUAUUCUUACAGGUUGCUAUCCUCCAACCAGAGGAGAGGCCUAUAUUAAUGGGUACGCCCUCUCAAAAAAUAUAAUUGAUAUUCGGAAAAACUUGGGCUUCUGCUCACAGUGUGACAUAUUGUUUAAUGAUUUGACACUAUCAGAACACCUUUAUUUCUACUUUAUGGCAAAAAGAAAAUGUCAAAAGAUGUACCAUAUGGAAGUUGACCAUAUGCUAUCUACUUUUAACCUUCUAGAAAAGCGUGAUACAAUUUCAAAGUCACUGACUACAGGAAUGAAACGCAAACUCGCCAUUAUGAUAGCUCUUAUAGGAAACCCUAAGGUGGUGAUACUUGAUAACCCCACAGCUGGCUUGGACCCCAUCUCAAAAAGAACCACCUGGGAUCUCCUUCAAAAGUAUAAACACAAUCGUACCAUCUUACUGACCACCAGCUGCAUAGAUGAAGCUGACAUACUGGGUGACCGCAUAGCCAUCAUAGUGAAGGGAACUCUGCGAUGCUGUGGCUCUUCAGUUUUCCUGAAACAAAUAUAUGGUGCUACAUAUCACAUAGUCAUGGAGAUAGAACCACGAUGUGAUGUUGAAAAGAUCUCUGCAGUGAUUCAGUCUCAUAUUCCAGAUGCCACCUUGGAAAAGUAUACUGGAGCUGAAUUAUCAUUUAUCCUACCCAAAGAAUUUGAAGCUCUGUUUACUGAUCUAAGAGAGAGAAAAGAACAGCUGGGCAUUGCCAGCUUCGACGCUUCCAUCACUACCAUGGAAGAAGUCUUUCAUAAGAUCAAUAACCUGCCAUAUUCCCAAGUGGAUAUUCAGCCUGACCAGUCCCCUACCUUGGAGGGCCAAAAAAUAAGACAAGACAUGAAGCAGAACAUGAUUAUGCCCACAAACUACAACAUACCAGUUUUUUCCAGAUUGAAUGAAAUUGCUACCAUUGAAUUUAAUACUGGGUUUUCACUUUACCGCCAGCAAUUUCAUUCCAUGUUUAUAAAGAGAGCGCUAUUCAGCUGGCGCAAUUGGCAGUUGAUGUUGCUACAGACAUCAGUAAUUUUGCUUGUCACUACAUAUCUCUUCACAACUCAAACCUUAAGGUCUAAGAUGCCCACCAGAGAAAUGGAUUUGAGUCACUAUGGUCGAACAGUUGUACCUUACUCCGUUUCAGGGAAAUCUGAUUUGGCUAUGAAUCUCAUAAAGAACCUUAAGAUUUUUCUAAAUCCUAAGAAUCAAGAAGUUCGUGAAGUGCAAGGUAAUGUGGCAAAAUACAUAUUGGGAAGUAAAGAGUAUCGUGAUUUCUCCAUUAUUGCACUUUCCAUUGUGGUUAAGAAAAACAAUACAGUAUUUACUAUUUUGUUCAAUAAUGAGGCAUACCAUUCAGCUGCAACAUCCUUGGCCGUAUUAGACAACAUUCUAUUUAUGUCCCUUUCUGGCCCCAGUGCUUCCAUUAAAGUCUCCAACCAGCCUCAACCUCUCCAUUUUUAUGACUCUAGCAUAGUGCCUAGAAGCGGACUACAGAUAGUAUUAAGUUUGGCUUUUGGCAUGGCUGUUUUGGCUGGUAGCUUUGGCCUUCAGACAGUGACUGAGAGAACCACUAAGGCAAAGCACAUCCAGUUUGUGAGUGGGGUCUAUGUACUUACAUACUGGCUCUCUGCUUUGCUGUGGGAUCUCAUCUGCUACUUCAUUUCCUGCUGCUUACUACUGGUAGUGUUCAAAUACUGUGAGCUGGAGGCAUUUGUGCACGACUACCACUUUGUGGACACAAUGAUGAUCUUUAUGCUGUACGGCUGGUCUGUUGUUCCUCUCAUGUAUCUGGGAAGCUUCCUGUUUUCCAGCAGUGCUUCUGCCUACGUCAAGCUCAUCCUCUUUAACUACUUUUCAACUGUUUUCAGCAGCUUCAUUCAUGCCAUAAUGAGAUUCUAUGGUAAGGACUUUCCACAAUUUCCCUUUUCUCCAGGAAAUACCAUCGUAGAUAAUGUGUUACGGAUGCUUCCAAGUUACAACUUUGCAGUUAGUGUCAGCAGAUUCUUUGAUGACUAUGUAAUAAAAAAAAUGUGUACCCAAGGAUUUUACAACAUUUCAUUCAACUGCAGUAAAAAAUACACUGAAAAUAAUAUCUAUAGUUUUGAAAAGCAUGGGAUUGCAAAGUAUUUACUUACAUUGGCUGCCCUGGGCUUAUUUUAUCUCCUCUUGCUUUUUUGUCUGGAGACCACAUCCUGGAGAUUGAAAAACUGUGUUUUGCAAAAAAUUCUGUUUAAUAUGUACAACAUAUUCAUGAAAGGCAAGAAGGCUAUAGUGUCAAUCCAAGUAAACAAUGAAUAUAUAGAUGAAAAUGUAGAAAAUGAAAGGAAGACCGUCUUGGCACAGCCUCCUAAAUUGAAGAAUAGCCCAGUUCUUCUCAAAGAACUUGUAAAGAUUUAUUAUGAGUGUCCAGUUGUAAAGGCUGUAAGAAAUAUUUCCCUUGUCAUCAAUAAGUCUGAAUGCUUCGGAUUAGUUGGACUAAAUGGAGCUGGGAAAACCACUAUAUUGAAAAUGUUAACUGGAGAUGAAACAAUAACCUCUGGAGUUGUGUUAAUUGAUGGCUUUAGCAUCACUGAAAAUAUCAGAAAGGUUAGGUCAAGAAUUGGCUAUUGUCCUCAAUCUGACCCCACGCUUAAGCACAUGACGGGUCGGGAAUUGUUGAUCAUGUAUGCCAGGUUGCAGGGGGUCCCUGAGCCAAACAUCUACAAGUAUGUAGAAAUAUUUUUGCAUUCAAUGAACCUGGAAACCCAUGCUGACAAAUUUGUCUACACAUACAGUGGAGAAGACAAGCGUAAAUUGAACACUACCAUUGCCUUAAUGGGAAAGCCCUCAGUUGUCUUCCUGGAUGAGCCAUCUACUGGCAUGGACGAAGUAGCCAGGAGGCUGCUCUGGGACACAGUGACGUGCUUGUGUAAAACCGGCAAGGCUAUCAUUAUAACUUCCCACAGCAUGGAAGAAUGUGAGGCCCUCUGUACCAGGCUGGCCAUCAUGGUGAAGGGGAGGUUCAGGUGUCUAGGCAGCCCUCAGUACCUCAAGAACAAGUUUAAUGAUAUAUACACCCUGACAGUAAAGACUAAGAUUGAUAAGAAUGGAAGUAAACUAAAGGAGUUCAAAGAGUUCAUUGCAACAACAUUCCCAGGUAACAUCAUAAACCAGGAAUAUCAAGGAAUUAUUUACUACCACAUUCCCAGAAAGGAAAUUUGCUGGGGAAAGGUGUUUAAUAUUUUGGAGGAAGCUAAAGUUCUAUUCAAUUUAGAAGACUAUUCCAUCAGGCAGAUAACACUGGAGCAAGUCUUCCUGGCCAUUGCUAAUGUUGAUAAGAUGGAAAAUGAUCAAGAAAUAAAGCUGCUAUGA